AUGGGCAUUGAAACUUCCCCCCUGGAUGUCGAGGAGUCGACGGAACCUCCUAUAUGUUCUUUACCACAAGAACACCCACCGCGUAUCGAUGUAGAAAGCAAGCAGGGUCUUGAGAAGAUUGACAACCCGCAAAGCCUGUCGGUGUCAAAUGAUACUCAACGUCCUGCCAUAGACCCGGGCCAACCCAUUUCCGAAACCCCCUUGGAUUACCCUCACACCGUUGAUCCUUCUCAGUUAGCAGAGUCUCUCAAAGUUCCGCUUCGUCAUGGUCUGUCAAAUACCGAGUCGGCGGCCCGUCUCCAGAGAGAUGGGCCGAACAGGGUCCGAGAAAUGCAUGGAGUGUCGGUCUGGAAGAUACUUCUAAGACAGGUCGCCAACAGUUUAACCUUAGUUCUCGUCAUUACUAUGGCAAUAUCUUUUGGGAUUGAUGACUAUAUCGAAGGCGGCGUGAUAACGACUGUCAUCCUUCUCAACAUUGCUGUUGGCUUCGUGCAAGACUAUCGAGCCGAGAAGACCAUCAUGUCGUUGCAUCGACUAUCUGCACCAAUAUGCAAAGUCCUCCGAGAUGGCCAUGUAGUCUCUGUAAAGGCCGAGUCGCUCGUCGUGGGAGAUAUUGUCCACCUCGCUGUCGGAGAUAUCGUCCCUGCCGACCUGAGACUCAUCGAUGGGAUGAAUGUCUCCAUGGACGAAGCUUUGCUGACCGGCGAAUCGUUACCGGUUGCAAAGACUCCGCAUAUCGUCAUGACCUCACGAGACAUGCCAAUCGGGGACCGCACCAACAUGGCCUAUUCAGGGUGUAGUACAACCCAAGGUCGGGCCACCGGGAUUGUGAUCGCCACCGGGAUGAGGACCGAAGUGGGCAAGAUCGCGCAGCUUCUCCAAGAGACGUCUACCCAAACCAAUACCAACCUCUUCAUGCGAGGCUUUUAUCGGACUAAAAACACAAUCAAAAAUAUCUUGGGACUAGUUGGCACACCCCUACAGGUGAAAUUAAGCAAGUUCGCUCUGCUGCUCUUUGCCCUAGCAAUUUUGCUUGCCAUUAUAGUGUUUUCAGUCAACAAAUGGGACAUCGAAGGCGAGGUGCUGAUUUACGGAAUCUGCGUCGCCGUCGCCGUGGUCCCUGAAUCACUGAUUGCGGUCCUUACAAUCACCGUGGCAGUUGGGACCAAAGCAAUGGCCAAAAGCAAUGUCAUUGUGCGAAAGCUCCAAUGUCUGGAAGCUGUUGGAGGUGUGACCAACAUCUGCUCAGACAAGACUGGAACCCUGACGCAAGGAUCGAUGAUUGCAGCAGCGGCUUGGAUUCCCCAGGCCGGCAAUCUAACCGUUCACCAGACUACAAAUCCGAUCGAUCCUUCCAGCGGGUCGGUUCAACUCGACGAUGUUGACUGGAAUCCAAAGAGCCUGCAGGAGAAUCAUACACUGCGGACAUUUCUCACUGCAAUUGCCUUGUGCAAUCUGUCGGUGGUAGAAAAGGCAGUACCGUCAGAUGUCCCAGGGAAAGAACCCGUUCAGUCGCAAAAUGAAUGGACCGCCGUCGGCGAGCCUACCGAGAUUGCGCUGCACGUCCUCGCAAUGCGUUUUGGCAUGGGAAAACCAGCUGUAUUGCAGGAGCGCGACAUUGCCCUACAUACUGAAUACCCUUUCGACUCGUCAAUCAAACGCAUGACAGUGGUCUAUAAAAACCCAACAGCCCAGGUCCAUGAAGUCUAUACGAAAGGCGCGCCUGAGACAAUUAUCCCCAGGCUCCGUUUGAGUGAGCAACAGAAAACGUUUAUGCAGGAGACUGCGGACCGAAUGGCCGGAGAAGGUCUUCGUGUACUAUGCGUGGCUUACAAAAUGACGCCGAUCGAUGAUGAUACACUGGUAUCCCCGCGCGCCAGCGCCGAGUCCGGGCUCACUCUCGGUGGCUUGGUUGGGCUUUACGAUCCUCCUCGUGUCGAAACGGCCGCGGCUGUUCGGCGAUGCCAGAUGGCUGGCAUCACUGUCCACAUGCUGACUGGCGACCACAUCCGCACGGCAACGGCGAUUGCCUCCGAAGUAGGCAUACUGGACCCAUUCGUCAAUGCGAAGUCUACCCGGCUUGUCAUGGCGGCCGAGGAGUUUGACCGAUUGACUGACGCCGAAAUUGACGCGAUUGAAAAGCUGCCUCUCGUGGUUGCGCGCUGCAGCCCGACCACAAAAGUUCGAAUGGUUGAGGCCAUGCACCGACGACAGGCCUUUUGUGUCAUGACAGGCGACGGGGUCAAUGAUUCGCCCGCUCUGAAACGGGCGGACGUGGGCAUUGCCAUGGGGAAGAAUGGCAGCGACGUCGCUAAAGAGGCCGCUGAUAUGGUACUGACGGACGACAACUUCUCGUCCAUCGUUAGAGCUGUAGAGGAGGGAAGAAGAUUGUUUUCCAACAUUCAAAAGUUUCUCAUGCAUCUUCUGAUCUCCAACAUCGCCCAAGUCAUUCUGCUUCUGGUUGCACUGGCUUUCAAAGAUGCAGAGGACAACUCGAUCUUUCCCAUUUCUCCCAUUGAGAUUCUUUGGGUUAACCUUAUCACGUCCUCAUUCCUAGCCCUGGGACUUGGUCUCGAGGAGGCCAGGACCGAUUCUAUGUAUCAGCCGCCUCACGAUCUAAAGGUGGGCGUGUUUACCCGGGAGCUGAUCACCGACAAAAUGAUCUAUGGCACCUUCAUGGGCUGUCUCUGCCUCGUAUCGUUUGUCUGUGUGAUCUACGCCGAAGGAUCUGGGACCGCAGAUAUGGGCCAUGACUGCAACGAGGGAUGGAACAGCAGCUGCGACGUGGUAUUCCGGGCACGCGCCACGACCUACGCGACCUUGACCUUUCUCUUAUUAGUGACAGCCUUCGAAGUCAAGCAUUUCUCUCGGUCUCUGUUCAAUCUUGACCCGGACAAAUUCCCCGGCCGACUCUCUGUCUUUCACUCCAUCUGGCGCAACCGGUUUCUGUUCUGGGCGGUCAUCGCAGGCUUCGUGAUCACGUUUCCGGUAAUUUACCUUCCGGAGGUGAAUAGGAUUGUUUUCAAGCACCACGGUAUAGACUGGGAAUGGGGCAUUGUCUUUGGAUGCACGGUUGUGUACUUGGGGUUGGUCGAGAGCUGGAAGGCGAUGAAACGAGCAAUGGGCAUCGGCAGUGGGAAGAAUGUACAGCUGACGAUGGGAGAUGCCGAGAUGAGGGCUGGUCUUGCGUCACCGUUUACCAUGAGCGCGAAUGCCAGUGUGGAUGCGAGCGUGGAGGUGAACCAGGAGGUGACGGUGUUCAACACACUUUUUAUUGUUUCUAUCGUGCAACUGACCCUAUCCAAUCAUUAUGACAUUCUCCAUUUUACUUACACAUCCAAUUUAAAUGACCGCUCUGCAACCAGCCUGCGGUGGGGCCAGCCUUCCUUUGUCGAUAACCUCAUCAUCCCCUCUUCUCUGUUUUUCUAUCUCAUCCAUCAAUUGCUCCAUCUUUUCACACGGUAUCCAUCAAUCAAGAUGAAGAUCCUCUGCCUCCAUGGGCAAGGCACCAGCGGCGCCAUCUUCAAGUCGCAAUUAUCAGGAAUCUCCAAACGCUUGACCUCCCAUCUCCCCGUCCCCGUUGAAUUCGACUACCUCGACGGUCCAUACCCCUCGCCCCCCGCGCCGGGCGUAGACCUCUUCUACCCUCCUCCAUACUUUACGUUCUGGCGCGAAAACACGACCCCAGCGGUACGAGAGACAGUCGCAUGGUUGAACGGCAUCAUCGCAGAACGGGGCCCCUAUGAUGCUGUCAUGAUGUUUAGCCAGGGCGGUGCGUUGGGUGCUAGUCUAUUGCUUUUGCAGGAAUGGGAGAGUCGGAAUCAGCACCAGGACCAGAAUCAGGAGGAGAACCAGAACAACAACAACAACAACAACAACAACACAUCAAGCAAAGAACAAAAACAAACCCAGGGCACCAAGGCGCCGCCCCCCUUCAACGCCGCAAUCUUCAUCUGCGGCGGUCCUCCUCUGCAAAUCCUCUCCGAAGAAGUCGGCUAUGCGCUCCCGGAAUCGAUCUUCACCCGCGACAAGGCCACCCGAGCCAAACUCGCCGAAGUGGCCAACAAAGACUCGCUCCUGGCGCUGGGAUCCUCACGAUGGAACAAUAAGGCAGCCGGGGGCGGAAGCGCCGAUGAAGAAGAAAAGGUACGUCAGGAGAUCGCAUCGUACGGGGACGUGCGGAUCCAGAUCCCUACGGUGCAUGUGUAUGGGGACAAGGAUCCGCGGUAUGAAGCGAGCGUGCAGUUGUCGGGCCUGUGUGAGGAGGGGAGGAGACGUACGUACAAUCAUAAUGGUGGACAUGAGAUACCGCGGUUAGAGGCUGUGACGGCGAAGGUGACUGAGAUGACGAUUUGGGCGCUGAGGGAGGGUGGUGUGAUUGAUUGA